GUCUGAUGGCCGCUCGCCUCCUUUGUUUUGAGGCUUUGUCACCGGGCACCCGUAUCUCAGCAACUUGGUUGUGAACACGCAACAGGUCAAGGAGAGGAGGACCAACAAGAAGUUGGCUCAGGGCUCAGAAGGGACGGAAGCCAAAGAAAAGUUGGGGCUCGGACGGCGUACACUGGGAUCAGACAUCGUUCAGGCGGCAAGGCAACACAAUUGUGCUGUUGAUGGUGCAACAACUUCUCUUCGAAGAGACCAGCGAGGAAUACAAUCUCGUCUGAUUCAGGCAAAGCCCAACAAGUGAUGAGCAGCGAAUCGCCUUAUGUUCCCGUUUCGGAUACACUCGCCAUGCCUUUUAUGCAGCACUCCUCCUUUAUUACUCGAAAUCAGGACAUGGCUCCUUCGAACAAAUUUGACGAACGACCCAGCUCGCCUUCACUACCCGCACUUUCAGAGAGGAUCACCAGGGCCGAGACAAGAGUUUCUCCUUCUCAAUCCUUGUUACAUCGACAAAGUACCUUGGUCAACGACGAGCAGGGCUCCCUUGAUGACUCUGCACAGGAUGUGGAAAGCGCCGCGCAUAUAGAGCUCAAUACGGAUGGUUAUGAUGCUGAUGGAGCUCAAAAGAAAGCAGAGGCGCCAUUAGGCCUCGUACGCUCAAGCAGCUCCUUUAUGUCGGGACCUAAUCGCGUGCCUCCCUCGCUGAAAGCUAGCCUCCCACUUCCAGCUGCGCCAAAUGGCCCUGCCAAUCUUACUCCCAGAAACCCGCUCAAGCUUCCGCCGCACAUGCAUACACUCGGCUCACUUCCACAGACAGGAAGGAGCAUGAGCAGGCCGCAGACCGGCGUCUCGAGCUGCUACAUGCGGCCGCGGACAGCUCUGACCAGUUAUGUCGAACAGGACGGGCUCUACCUCGCCGCUGUUCUCGAGAGUCAGGGCAUCCAUCGUGAAGUGGGAGUUGCUGUCGUCAAUCAGGACACCGGUGUAUGCGUUCUCACACAGCUGACGGAUACGCCGACAUAUAGUAAGACGAUUCAGCACCUCCGUUUGCACCCACCCUGCCGCAUACUUGUUCCAACCUCAACAGCGACCGCCUCGCUGUUCUUUCAGAGGCCGGAUCAAAGCACUCAGUACGCAGGCAACAACAAGUCGGCCCUUGUCACGGCAUUGGAAGAUGCGUUUGCAAUGCAAGUCACUCCGCUUGCACGCAAGUAUUGGAAGCAUGAGGAAGGUGCAAAAUACCUCGAGCGCGUCCUCGCAGAUGAUGUAUCCGACCGCGUCCAUCCAGACCUUCCAAGUGACAGCGAAAAUACCACGAUUGGCAUCUCCGCAAAGGCGAGACGCACCGAAAUGUCCUCUACGGUCGGCUCCAACUCUCGCGCUGCGAUUCUGACGGCGGUCUCCGCGCGUUACUACGCUCUGGCAGCGAUCUCUGCCCUAUUCCGCUACAUCGAAGCCUUUGAAUCGCGACUGCUCUUUGCACACUCGAUCCGUGUCCGCUGGCAAGGCCUCGCCGGGACGCUCUCGAUCGACUUCGAGACGGCUCGCGCACUCGAGCUCGUCCAAAAUGCCACCAGUACCAAAGCGAGCGCCCACGCUUCGCUAUUGGGGAUCAUGAUGCCCAACAAAGCCAGGUGCACGCCAAUGACGCGCAGGCUGCUACGCAUGAAUAUCCUGCAGCCGCUCACCGAUGCAGAGAUCCUUGAGGCCAGAUUGGACGCCAUCGAAGAGCUACUCGAGGAAGACCCGAGCAUGCGAGCGCUGGACAAGGCACUGGCGCCGCUCAGAGCGGACGAACUUGACAUCGAUCAGAUCGCACAUCGCCUCGUCUCGCAGAAGGGUACACAGGGCCCAAUUGCAGCAGCUAAUCCCAAUCCGGCCGUCACGGAAAUGAGAAUUGCACUUGUGCUCAAACUCAAGACGUGGCUGAGGGCACUCAGCUCUGUCCGCAUAGGGCUCAAAAGUUGCCAGAGUGCGCUGCUCACGACCAUAGCCCGCUUCUUGGAGCUCAAAGAACUUGACGAGAUAGCGCAAAAGAUCGAGGAGGUGAUUAACCCUGAGCUUUCGCUCGAAAAGGGGGGCAUGGCCAAGACGAAUGCUAGAGUAUAUGCAGUGCAAGCCAAUCAGAACCCCCUGCUGGACGUCGCGCGACAAACGUACAAAGAGAAUAUCCAAGACAUUCUGGAGCUAUGCUCGUCUUACAGCGACCAGUACGACCUCCCUUUCGUCAUCAAACAUACCAAUGGUGGCGCUUUCAUCCUCGAAGUCCGAUCGCAAGAAUGCACUCCCGACGACUUUCCGUCUGAUGUCUUUCUCAACCUCGUCAGGUUUAAAAAUGGCAAAGGAUACUCAAUGACAACACUUGAGCUCAAAAAGAGGAAUCGGCGCCUCAAGUCAUCCUACGAGGAAGUGUUGUUACUUUCAGAUGCUGUCAUUGAUGAGCUGCGCAACAGCAUCGUCAAGGAGGUUGCGUGUCUAUACAAGGCAUCCGAGGCGCUCGCCAUCCUCGAUCUGAUCGUCAUGUUCGCCGACACGGCUGGCACAUACAAUUACACGCGACCAGAAUUCUGUUCGGCGUUCGUCAUCAAAGGUGGACGGCAUCCAAUACUCGACCGCACCAGAGCAGUUCCAAAUGAUGUCUAUGUGUCAGACAGUUCGAGAUUCCAAAUCAUCACAGGUCCCAACAUGUCAGGAAAGAGCACAUAUUUGCGCUCAAUUGGUCUGCUGACCAUCAUGGGCCUGGUUGGUUCUUACGUCCCCGCUGAUUAUGCUUCGUUCAACUCGCCCGACGCUUUGCUCGCCUGUCUCACAGUCGGCGAAAACAUCGAGCAGAACCUGUCAGCAUUCGCUGCUGAGAUGCAAAACUGCGCCUCGAUGCUGACGCUCGCGACUGAUAAAAGCAUCAUUCUCAUUGACGAGCUAGGACGCGGAACUUCUCAUCAAGAAGGGUUCGGCAUCGUCUACUCCAUCGCCGAGAGCUUGAUCCAACGAAAAAGCACUGUCUUCUUCGCCACGCACUUUCUCGAUAUGGCGAGCAUUCUCAACGCCCAGCCCACCGUCACGCUUAAGCACCUGCAGGUCGUUGUUGGCAAUAACGAGCAGAGUCGUUCGUUGACAUUCAAGCACAAAGUCGUUGCGGGGCAAGCAAAAAGCGAACAUAUCGCUCUGGAUCUAGCUUUGACGGUUGGACUACCACCCGAGCUCGUUGCACGCACUCGUCGUUACUCCGAGCAGCUUGAGGCACUCGCGCGCAAAGGUGAAGAUGACAAAGAACGCUUCCAGAUGAUCAAACGUAGAAAAGAAAUCUACAAGGUAGUCGCGCAGCUCAAACAGAUCUACGACACGAGUCAGCUCUCGGAGCAAGAACUUGGUGAGCAAUUGACUUAUUUGCAGACUCAGACAGUUCAAAACUUGCAUCGCACUUUUGUGACGGACGAGGAACCCAGCGAUUGAAGGCCAGUGCUUGUAGUACAGCUUCAUUCAUCUUGAUCAGAGGCUUCUGCUUCAUCAUUCGCU